ACCUCUUCCUCUUUGCUAAGUGACUCACUCUCAAUUCUCAAUGAGCCUUGCACUCUAUUCAUCAAUGUGUGUAUGUGUGUUUCUUUGUUUGUUACCUUUCUAUUCCAUUCCAUUCUACUUAGUUAGUACUGCUACUAUUCAUGAAUUUGAAAGAUCGCACAUAUGGUGUUUGAUAAAUUGCGUUGCUGUGUUGACUAAUCCCAACAAAGUAACAAACCACUUAUUCUCUCUCUUGAAUGUGCCCUUACACUAAUCUUUGCUUAGGAGACAGACAUUGUGUUACUCUUCUCUCUUUCUUCUGUUACUGUCUCCCUCACCCUUAACCUUAACCUGUUGGCUCUAUCUAUAACCGAACCACCUCCUAAGUUACUGCAACUCUCUCUCUAUCUGAGGAUUACUUGCAUAAAACAGCUAAAUCUCUCCUUCAUCAACUUCACAUGUUCCAUGCACGUUGCUGCUGCCUACCUACUUCUCAGAAUAAUACUGGGCCUCUUUUAUAUACUAUUUUCUUCAAUUUAUUUUACACUGCUAUUCAAAGCUACUUGCACAUUUUUAAUUAUUGAAGACCGGAUUUUCUGCUCUCUACCAAGGCUCAACCAAUAAAGCAUCAGUAGUAUUACGUUGACAGGCAUGGGCACACAGGAGACAGAAAACCUUUAAUCAACUUCACCUGCAACUACUCACAAAACCUUUUGAAGUGCAUGUCUUCAGCAAAAUACAGAAGUUAUUGUUUAUCUAUCCCCAUCUUCUGUGAACUGAAGGACUUCCAUUUCAUGCUUCUACACAAAUCAAUCAAUCAGGUUGGCAGUGACAGAGUCCUUGCCAAAUAAAUAGAAAACUUGAGGCUUUGAAGCAGAGUUUAUUUUCUUGAACAUUUUUAAAUCAAGAAAUAAAAAUGAAGUUCAUGAAACUUGGGACAAGACCAGACACUUUCUUCACUGAACAAGCUACCAGGACUCUGAUAUCUGAGAUACCUGCAGACCUUGUGAUACAAAUCAACGAUAUUACUUAUCUGCUACACAAGCUGCAGUUUCCGCUUCUUCCGAAAUGUGGUCUUCUACAAAGGCUUUGCUAUGAUUCAAGUGAUUCUGAGAGCUUCUCUCUUGAACUCCAUGAUAUACCCGGAGGGGAAGAGGCUUUUGAACUCUGUGCCAAGUUCUGCUAUGGAAUUUCAAUCAACAUUAGUGCCCAUAACUUUGUAUCCGCACUCUGUGCUGCCAAGUUCCUCAGAAUGAAUGAUUCCAUUGAGAAGGGAAACUUCGUAGGAAAACUUGAGGCUUUCUUCAAUUCAUGCCUUCUUGAAGGUUGGAAGGAUUCCAUUGCCACGCUUCAGACAACUGCUACCUUACCAGAGUGGUCUGAGAAUCUUGGAAUUGUCAGAAAAUGCAUUGAUUCAAUCAUAGAGAAAGUCCUCACACCCCCACAACAGGUGAAAUGGUCCUACACCUACACUAGGCCCGGUUACAACAAGAAACAACACCAUUCUGUCCCAAAGGAUUGGUGGACAGAAGAUAUUUCUGAUCUUGACAUAGAUCUCUUCAGGUGUAUAGUUAUGGCUGUUAGAUCAACCUAUGUGCUCCCUCCACAGCUUAUUGGCGAAGCAUUGCAUGUCUAUGCCUGCAGGUGGCUACCAGGUGUCACAAAGCUUAGAUAUUCAGGCAGUUCAGCAUCUCAGACAGAUGAAUCUAAGGCAAAGAACCGCAAAAUUCUUGAAACAAUCGUGAGCAUGAUUCCAGCAGACAGAGGAUCAGUUUCAGUUGGAUUCUUGUUUAGACUACUAAGCAUUUCGAUUCAGCUCGGUGUCUCCUCUGUGACAAAAACAGAGCUAAUAAGAAGAGCAAGCCUUCAGUUUGAGGAGGCAACAGUCAGCGACCUGCUUUAUCCCUCAAAAUCUUCUUCGGAUCAGAAUUAUUAUGACAUAGAGUUAGUUUUAGCAGUGUUGGAAACUUUCUUGAAGCUUUGGAAAAGAAUGUCCCCAGGUGCCGUGGAUAGCAACUACUUUUUGAGAUCUAUCAGAAAUGUUGGAAAGCUCAUUGAUUCAUAUCUUCAAGUGGUUGCAAGGGAUGAGAACAUGCUGGUGUCGAAGUUUGUGUCUCUUGCUGAAACUGUGCCCGGCAUUGCCCGAGUAGAGCACGAUGAUCUCUACCAGGCAGUUAACAUCUAUCUUAAGGUGCACCCUGAUCUGAACAAGACAGACAAGAAGAGACUGUGUGGGAUUCUAGACUGCCAAAGACUGUCCCCGGAAGCACGUGCCCAUGCUGUGAAGAACGAGCUUCUGCCAUUGAGAACAGUGGUGCAGCUGCUCUACUUCGAGCAAGAGAAAGGCUCCACCAACAAGGGGGAAAUAACCACUAACAAACUACCAAAACCGCAUGAGGUACUUCUUGGAGCCAAGCAUAGACCAAGAGAUGCACAAAGCAAGCAGUCAUUGGCCUUGGAUAAAGAAGAACUCAACGUGGAAGAAGCCACAACAAGAGCCUCUCUUCCUCCUGAAAGCAGAGAAAAGAAGACUCUUCACCACUUGAGUAGUAAGAGAUUAGAUGGUAAGUUGCCAUUGGACUUGGAGAGAAAGAUGGUUAUAAAAGGAGACAUUGAAGAAACAGGGUCAGAGAGGGAGAAGGUGAGGGGACACAUCAGAGAGGAAAGUGUUUCGAGCUGCAAGUUGGAGUUGGAUCCUAAGAAGAUCAUACAGAGAGCAAGAAGUAAAUCAGAACAUGGACGUGAAAAGGGUAGGUAGAUGAUUAUUUGAUGUUAGUGAUCUUUGAAAAUUAAAAAAAAUAAAAAUAAAAGAAUUCAUCAUAGCCUCCUCCUAAUUAAGUGAGCAAUUUGUAACCUUCCAAUUCUUAUUUGUUUCUUUUUUUAAGGGUUCAUAAAAUCAUAAAAAUGUAAGCAGUGUAUAAAUCCUUUUGGUACUAUCAUCUCUUGUUUCCCUUAUCUAUGAUCAUCAGGAUCUAGUGUUAGACUGUAGUGAACUAGUGGUGAUUAAUUCUACAAAUUGUCAAAGGCUGACCGCUGAUGCACUUCCCAUCACAUUAUUUUGCAAAGAGAAGAAAGGAAAUCAAAA